AUUAUUUUAAACCAUCGAUCUUCGUAGCCGCGCACACAAAAUGGCGCUGGAUGACUCGAGCGAAGUAUCAAAGGUCGUUUACUCGCGAGAUAAAUAAUUAAUUUUUUCGUCCCCCACGGGCUCGAUUAGCCCAUACGUUUCGUGCUUGCCAACAUAUGCGGUCCCGGUCGUGACACAUCCUGUCCGCGGGUGGAUUUUUCGGCGGAGAGGGAGACAUGAGUGCCCACAAUGGAGGUGAUAGAAUUAUUCAAUAAGUUCAACGACAGCUUGGGAUCAUACAUAUUUUCAAGAUGGAUUGGGAGAUUCAUAGAAGAAUAUCAAACAUCGAGGACGAUCUUUGUCAUUGUCACGAUUUUACUUCUUAUUCUGUUGGUUGUGUCCAUCUUUGUGGUGCGCAAAUGGAAGAACAAAGAAUUCUUGCCAGAGGUGAAGGAGUUUGUCGGGGUGGGUACUGGGAAGCCGAGGUUCAGGAAGAGAGACAAGGUUCUCUUUUAUGGCAGAAAGAUGUUGCGCAAGGUGAAGUCCAUCGGUGGCCAAGUGCACGCUACUGGACAAGGAAAGAAGAGAAGGGCGGUCAUGAGAUUUGCUCGUCGAUUGUUGCAACUCAAGAAGGACACUGUCCCACAGCAGCUCAAAGUAUUGGAACCGCCGGCUGAAUAUCUGGAAGAGGAUUUAGGGCCUGGCGAGAGAGUACCACCAGACGCUCUGUACAUGUUGCAAAGUAUUAGAGUCUUCGGUCACUUUGAAAAACCAGUAUUCCUGAAAUUAUGCAAGUACACGGAAAUCAUGAAUUUACCUGCUGGCAGCACGUUAUUCAAGAUCGGGGACCCCGACGAGAAUUUAUUUAUAGUACAGCAGGGAUUAGUCAAUGUAUAUAUCACUGGACCCGACGGUUCUCAGAUAUCGUUAAAAGUAGUGAAAACAGGCGAGUCGGUUACCAGUCUUAUUAGCUUUACCGAUGUACUUACCGGACAUACAAGUACAUACAAAACUGUAUCAGCAAGAGCCGUAGAAGAUUCUGUUGUAGUGAAGUUACCAAUGAGCGCGUUCCAAGAAGUAUUUCAAGAUUAUCCUGAUGCCUUUGUUCGAGUUAUCCAGGUCAUUAUGGUACGCCUGCAGAGAGUUACCUUUACCGCUUUACAUCAAUAUCUCGGCCUUUCCGCGGAAUUAGUCAAUCAGGGAUCGCAUAAGAGGAAGCAGAGUCCAUUCUCCGGUUCGCCGGUGCGAUCAAGAACCAGAGAGAGCUUUGUCUUGCAGAACGUGGAGAGUGUAUUCCCAAUGUCGGAAAUGCACGACACCAGCGAUGUUCCUCAUCGUGACCCAUCUAAUUCAAGCACUUCUCAACCUGUGCCCAUAAUUACAAGUCGACGAGGGAAGAACAACGUUGACUGGAAGAAUCAGGGCUCUUUUCAAAUAAGCAGUCAGAGUUCGGUAGAAAUGGUACCAGAAUGCGACUCUCACUGGAUAACACCUCCUACGGGAACCUUCCCUACGGGAACGUCCGCGCAUGGAUCACAUCCGGAAGCCUCCCAUUCGGGAAGUACUUACUCCAGCAAAAAGCGCCAGGUCAACGAGGCAGCGCAGCAGCAGCAACAACAGCUGGACGAGGCGCAGCUCAUACAGAUAGCCACAGACGCGUUCGUUCAUGAACUUGGCAUAGAGGACGAGGAUGUGCUUAAAGACAAAGUGCAGAUCAGGGAAGUGCCGGCCGGUACUUAUCUGAUGAAAGAAGAAUCUCACAAGGAUGUCGCACUUGUGUAUGUGCUUUCGGGCUCGCUGACAGUAAGCCAACGCGUAUCGGAGGGUCGGGACGCGGGUCAGGAAGUGCACAUGUUUACCGCUCAUCAGGGCGAAAUUGUUGGUGGUUUAGCAGUAUUAACCGGCGAACCAUCCUUCUACACAAUCAGAGCGAAGCAUGCCAGCCGUAUCGCGUUACUCAGCAAAUUGACAUUCUUCGCUAUCAUGCGAGAGCAGCCUACAGUUGUGUUGCACGUGGCACAUACCGUCGUUCGCAGAUUAAGCCCUUUCGUAAGACAGGUGGAUUUCGCUCUCGACUGGUUGUUCCUUGAAAGCGGACGAGCCGUUUACAGACAAGGGGAUGAAUCAGACUCGACAUUCAUUGUGUUGAGCGGACGAUUGCGAUCGGUAAUCACUUAUAAAAACGGCAAAAAAGAACCGGUAGCAGAAUACGGAAAGGGUGACUUGGUGGGAAUCGUGGAGAUGGUCACGCAAACUCCGCGGUCGACGACGGUCAUGGCGGUCCGGGAUUCCGAGCUUGCGAAGCUGCCGGAGGGUUUAUUCAAUGUAAUCAAACUCAGAUAUCCAAUUGUUGUCACGAGAUUAAUAAAUCUUCUCGGCCAUCGCAUACUCGGUACUUGGCAGCAAGCACCCACGAAAAACGGCAGCAAUGAUACUCAACGAGCCGCAGCGACGGUCGAUGCUAGACCCGCACAAGUAAAUUUUUCGACUGUUGCUAUAGUGCCGGUGUCAGAUGAUGUGCCAUUAACUGCUUUUACCUACGAAUUAUAUCAUUCUUUAUGUGCCAUUGGAUCUUGUCUUCGUCUAACGUCGGAUGUCGUAAGAAAGACUUUAGGAACGACCAUCAUGGAGCCUGCAAAUGAGUACCGAUUAACUUCCUGGCUUGCACAGCAGGAAGAUCAGCAUAGAAUCUCUCUGUAUCAAUGUGAUUCAAGUUACACGCUAUGGACUCAGCGAUGCGCAAGACAGGCUGAUUGUAUUCUUAUCGUGGGUCUGGGCGAUCGACCGCCAUCGAUUGGUCGAACGGAACGUGAGAUAGAACGGCUGGUAAUGCGAACGCAGAAGGAGCUAGUGCUGUUACACAAGGAACAGAACGGUCAACGACCUACAAACACCGUUCAGUGGUUGAACAUGAGAUCGUGGGUAUCCAGCCACCAUCACAUCCAGUGUCCGAAACGGAUGUUCACCAGAAGAUCGCAGUAUAGAAUUAACGAAUUAUACUCGAAAGUGCUCAUGUCCGAGCCGAACGUACACAGCGACUUCAGUAGAUUAGCGCGGUGGCUGACCGGUACCUCGGUCGGUCUCGUACUAGGUGGAGGUGGUGCAAGAGGCGCUGCUCACGUCGGUAUGCUGAAAGCCAUCAUCGAGGCAGGUAUACCCAUAGAUAUGGUUGGUGGUGUCAGCAUCGGUGCUUUCAUGGGCGCUUUGUGGUGCAUGGAGAAGAACAUUACCACUACCACACAAAAGGCUAGAGAGUGGUCUAAGAAAAUGACGCAAUGGUGGCGGCAGAUUAUGGACUUGACUUAUCCGAUGACUUCGAUGUUCUCCGGUAAAGAUUUUAAUAACACGAUACAGCAGACUUUCGGCGACACAUACAUAGAGGACUUGUGGCUUCCGUAUUUUACUAUAACCACCGACAUCACGGACUCUUGUAUGCGCACGCAUAGACACGGUUCACUAUGGAGAUAUAUUCGCGGCAGUAUGACUAUCGCGGGGGUCUUUCCUCCGAUUUGCGAUUCUCUUGAUGGGCAUCUUUUGGUCGACGGGUGUUAUGUUAAUAACGUGCCAGCUGACGAAAUGUUGCGGCAAGGAGCGCAUCACAUUCUGGCCAUCGACGUCGGCUCACAGGACGACACGGACUUGACGAAUUACGGGGACUCGUUGUCCGGUUGGUGGUUACUGUGGAAGCGGUGGAAUCCAUUUGCCACACCCGUAAAGGUGCCAAAUCUACCGGAUAUUCAAUCCAGACUGGCAUACGUAAGCUGUGUUCGCCAGCUAGAGGAGGUGAAGACUUCGGAUUAUUGCGAGUACAUCAGGCCGCCGAUCGACAAGUACAAGACACUUCAAUUCGCCAAUUUUGACGAGAUCAAGGACGUAGGAUACCAACACGGGAAAACGUAUUUCGAGGGUCAAUCGAAAGCCGGAGUUCUGCCUCGAUUCAACGCGGAUCGAGAGAAUGCGAGAGCUAUGCGAGCGAAAUGUCAAGCGGCUAAUCAACAGUCACCCUCUUCAUACACUUUCACCGAUCUCGCGCAGAUGGUGUGUAAAGUUUCGCGUGGUAACCGAUAUCUCGACGAUUCAGAUUCGGACGAGGAGCUGGAGGAGUACGAAGCGGACUUGGAAGAAGAUGCGCAGGAAGUAGGCUACGCGUCCGAACCCACUGCCGGUAUUUUAGAUCAGAGCCCUGAGGAUAAUCGUCUAAGACGAAGAACUGGCGUUUCACUUAGUCUAUCCGACACCGAGGCUGAAUCGGAAUUAGAGUACCAUCCAAAGAUUUUUUGAAUACUUAUUUACAAUUAUUCACGAUAUCGUAUCUAUAUAACUCGCUCAACGGAAUAAAUUCAAAAUAAUUUUCUCGCAAACAUAAUACAUCUACAACCCGGAUGCAUUUGCGAGCGAUUGACCUAUAUUGAAGUACAAAAGCAAUUAUUGCAAAUAUAUAAUCAUGGGAACG